AUGGUUGGGCUUUCUGAGCUCUUCUCCCCCAAAAAGAGUCCUGAUCCCUGUGAUGAGGAUGGGAGUACAGAUAUAGAUGAUCAGAGUCCAGGAACAAGCUUGGUUAAGAGGCCCUCACAGAAGAAGAAAAGAGGAAAACGGACCAAGGCUAUGGGGGCAAUGGUUGGGCGUUCUGAGCUCUUCUCCCCCAAAAAGAGUCCUGAUCCCUGUGGGGAGGAUGGGAGUGCAGAUAUAGAUGAUCAGUGUCCAGGAACAAGCUUGGUUAAGAGGCCCUCACAGAAGAAGAAAAGAGGAAAACGGACCAAGGCUAUGGGGGCAAUGGUUGGGCGUUCUGAGCUCUUCUCCCCCAAAAAGAGUCCUGAUCCCUGUGGGGAGGAUGGGAGUGCAGAUAUAGAUGAUCAGAGUCCAGGAACAAGCUUGGUUAAGAGGCCCUCACAGAAGAAGAAAAGAGGAAAACGGACCAAGGCUAUGGGGGCAAUGGUUGGGCGUUCUGAGCUCUUCUCACCCAAAAAGAGUCCUGAUCCCUGUGGGGAGGAUGGGAGUGCAGCUAUAGAUGAUCAGAGUCCAGGAACAAGCUUGGUUAAGAGGCCCUCACAGAAGAAGAAAAGAGGAAAACGGACCAAGGCUAUGGGGGCAAUGGUUGGGCGUUCUGAGCUCUUCUCACCCAAAAAGAGUCCUGAUCCCUGUGGUGAGGAUGGGAGUGCAGAUAUAGAUGAUCAGAGUCCAGGAACAAGCUUGGUUAAGAGGCCCUCACAGAAGAAGAAAAGAGAAAAACGGACCAAGGCUAUGGGGGCAAUGGAGCGAACCAUAGUGAAGGCGAAGAGACCGUGGAGUGAAGUAGAGAGGAGUGCGGUAAAGAAACACUUGGCAAAGUUUAUUAAAGAGCGCCAAGUUCCUGGAAAAGAACCCUGCAUGCAAUGUGUAAAAGAAGAGAAAGCCUUGGAUAAAAGAUCCUGGAAAGAUGUUAAGAACUUUGUGUUCAAGACAAUUGUCUCUUUGAGCCACAGGUCUGCUUCAAAGCAGCUUUACCACUGAAGAUCUUCAAUGUACCGCUGUGUUCUAGUUAAUAUUGUCUGGUUCAGCCAAUAGUUGCUACGUUUUAAUCCUGUUUACCGCCGUUUGGUUUGUGCAGUACUGUUUCGGUAGUGUUUCAGAACAUAACAGUAAGACUUAUUUAAUGCUGCAACUAACAUUUAUUUUCAGCAUCCAUUUAUCAGAUAAAUAUUUUCUCCGUUAAUUUGUUAUAUAAAAUGUCGGAACGUCAUUUAUUUUGUCCAACUGACAAAGCAGCAAAUACUCAGUUGAGAAGUUUGAACAAAAUUAAAUAAAGAUAAUUCUGGUCACAUGCAGUGAUG